GCAAAGGGCGCCAUCAAUAAUUUCUAUAAACAAACCACACCACACUUGCAUCAUACACAAAAUGUCUUCAAAGAAAAAAGGAUCAAAAGCUGCAGAUCCACUUCUUAAGCAAGAGGAUGUGCUGCAGGCCGUUGUUCUUGCUGACAGCUUCAAUGUUCGGUUUGCACCGAUCACAAAAGAAAUUCCCAGAGUACUGAUGCCAAUAGUAAAUAAUCCAUUGCUGGACUAUACCAUUGAAUUCUUAGCAGCAGCUGGGGUUGAAGAGAUAUUUGUGUUCUGUUGUGCUCAUGCAGACAAAAUUAAGAAACAUUUGAGUGAAUCAAAGUGGAACAAAAGGACAUCACCAUGCACUGUCACCACCAUUAUGUCAGAGGGGUGUCACUCCCUGGGAGAUGCCAUGAGAGAAAUCGAUAGAAAAGCAUUAAUACGUUCAGACUUCAUCCUUGUUAAUGGAGACGUUGUCUCCAGUGUCCAACUUAAGGAUGCCUUAAAUGCUCACAGAGAACGAUUGAAAGUGGACAAGUCUUGUGUAAUGACAAAGGUACUCAGACAUGCUUAUCCGGGUCAUAGAGGGCGCUGUACAGAAGAUGAAUUCUUUGUUGCUACUGACAACAAUGGUACCAUUCUUAACUACCAGAAAAUGAAACACGUUAAAAAAGUCAAAAUACCAGUGACAUUAUUUAAAGAACAUAGCAAUGUAAGUCUGCGGUAUGACCUUCAAGAGUGCCACAUAUGUGUUUGUUCUAGUCGUGUAAUGGAGCUUUUCACCGACAACUUUGACUACCAGACCAUGAGUGAUUUUAUGAGAGGAGUUAUUUUCAAUGAGGAGAUUGAAGGUAACAAGAUGCAGAUAUUUGUAGUUACUAAUGAAUAUGCUACCAGGGUUUCCAAUCUAACCAUGUAUGAUACUGUAAGUAAAGACAUCAUCCAUCGCUGGACAUACCCUCAAGUACCAGAAUAUCUUGGAAAAGAAUCUUACAGCUUUGGCAGAAAUCAUGUUUAUUUAGCAAAAGACAUCACCCUUCAAAGAGGGUGUACUUUGGAGGAGGAUGUUGUGAUUGGUACCAACACAAGUAUAGGUAGCAAUACCACAAUAUCUCGCUCUGUCAUUGGUAGAGAUUGUAAAAUAGGUGAAAAUGUUGUCUUGAAAAAUGCAUUUAUUUGGGACAACGUUAUAAUUGAAUCCAACUGUCAAAUUGAUACAUCAAUAUUAUGUAAUGGAGUUCAGCUAAGGUCAGGGGUCACAGUUCAGCCUGGAAGUAUAUUGUCAUUUGAGGUCAUAGUAGGUCCAGAUGUUUCCUUACCCUCAAGAACUUACCUAUCCAAGAUCCCCCCUCCCAAAGAACCAGAAUUUUCAGAGGAUUUUGAAGAUGAAAAUGUUAAAGACAACACAGAUUCAAUCAGUCAACAGGACCAGGUGAUGCUAGGUGACGAUGGUGUUGGGUACAUCUGGAAAAAGACAGAGGAGAACGAUAAUGAUGAGGAAGAAGAUGAACUUGUUAGAGAAAUAUGGGGAAUGAAAAUAAGUGAUACGCAUAUUAAGGAUGAGGAUGAAGUUAGCGAUGAGUCCGAUGAUGAAUCAGGUCCUCCAUCAAUUGUGCUCGAUGAUACGGAAAUUUUCUACAACCAAGUAUUAGACAGUCUUCAAAGCUCAUACAAUGCUGGACCCAUCAACUGUGACAAUCUUGUUCUUGAGAUCAACUCCUCCAAAUUUGCUAACAAUGUCUCCAUGAAAGAACUCGUGCAGCUGGUUACUAAGGCCAUUGUGGAAUUGCCGAAUACUCAUUCGCCAACUGUGCUGACAGCGAAAGAAUUUGCAGCAUUUAUUAUACCGUUCAUCAAGACUCUUAUACCUCUUUUAAAAAAUUACUUAAAAGGAAGUGAAUCACAGUUGGAUUUUCUUGGAUCUUUGCAGGAAUGUUGUAUCACCAUUGGCUCACUAUGUGUGUCACUACCAAAGAUACUCAACAUUCUGUACGACAAGGAUGUCUUACACGAGCAGGUCAUAGUUCACUGGUUUAAGAAGAUCCCCGCAAAUGAUGCUUCGCCAAUCUUCCAACAGCUUAGGAAAAAUGUUGAACCAUUUAUAACUUGGUUAGAAGAAGCAGAAGAGGAAACAGACAGUGAAGAUGACUGAAGUAUUUGUCCUCAGUGUUUUUUUGAAUGCAGAAAAUGGCUACUUGACAAUUAUGGUAUAAAUGUAGUUACAGAAAACUUUAUGGUUCAGGGAUAAACCUAAAAUGAAGGGUGUCUGCCAUACGCAGCUUACAGAAAAGUUUGUAGGUUGUAUUAAAGAUAUUUUGCAUAAGAACGCACAGUAUUAUAUUAUUGUCUUUACACAUUGUAACCCACUUCUAAUUAAGUUUAUCAUAUUAUUUGUAUCAUUAGCUUUUUUCCUAGUGAACCGAAUAAAUGGAAGACUUUUAAAAA